UUGGAAACGAACAGAGAUGGUGUCUUCUCUGGUUAGUGGUUAGUGAGUGGAGGUAUAAGAGAGCUUUAAUGGUGGAGGAAGAAGGCUCACACUCGCACGCAAGCUUAGAAGUAGGAAGAAGUCCUAUACGAUAGAUAGUAUUGGGUCUUCUCCCUAUUUUAUUGUUUCUCUAGUCUCAAGCUCUGUCUUAUUCCUUGCCGCCGUCUCCCUUCGGCUGUUACGGAAAGGGUUGGGAUCUCUGAGAUUGGGAGCCCGAGCCGAUUCCUAUCAAGUUUCAUCUUUUCAGGUCUGGUUACGUUUGUGGUGAAGAUGGUAUAGCCUAUAACAGAGAGAGUAGUCGGUAUUUGAUGGUUAUAUCUUUGUGAAAGGAACAGAGACAAUGAUUAACAUAACGCUUGCUUCCACGUACCUCUACCUACUAAUAUACAUAUUGCUUUCUUCCGGAGUCAUAUUGUACAACAAGUGGGUUCUGUCUCCGAAAUACUUCAACUUUCCGUUUCCUAUAACGCUGACCAUGAUUCACAUGGGCUUUUCCGGAGCCGUUGCAUUUUUUCUUGUUCGGGUUUUCAAGGUUGUUUCUCCUGUGAAAAUGACAUUUGAAAUAUAUGCAACAUGUGUCGUACCGAUAAGUGCCUUCUUUGCAUCAAGUCUUUGGUUUGGCAACACCGCUUUCUUGCACAUUUCUGUGGCCUUCAUUCAGAUGCUCAAAGCAUUAAUGCCUGUAGCAACAUUUAUCAUGGCUGUUAUGUGUGGCAUUGACAAACCAAAGUGUGACGUGUUCUUGAGCACGUGGCUGGUCAGUGCUGGAGUUGUCAUUUCCUCAUAUGGGGAGAUUCAUUUUAAUGUAGUCGGUACAGUUUACCAGGUUACAGGCAUCUUUGCAGAAGCUCUUAGGCUGGUCUUAACACAAGUCCUUCUACAAAAGAAGGGCUUGACUCUAAACCCCAUCACCAGCUUGUAUUACAUAGCUCCGUGCAGGUACUUUUGUUUUGAAGCUUCUGUGUUUUGGAGGAUGAACAAUUCUGUCAAAUCUUUUGUAGCAAUUAGGGUUUUAUUCUUCUUUAUAAAUCUAUACACAAUGAUUUUUAAGCACUUACAUCGGUGGGUGCACAGUAAAUACUAUGGCAUGACCUUCUCACUUGUUGACACUUUCACAUGCAGUUUUGUGUUUUUGUUUGUGCCUUGGUGUUUAUUGGAGAUGACUCAGAUGCAAGUUUUCCAGGACCAGAACGAGUUUAACUUCUGGAUCUUUUUCUCCAAUGCUCUUUGUGCUUUGGCCCUAAAUUUCUCCAUUUUCUUAGUAAUUGGUAGAACAGGAGCAGUUACCAUCCGGGUUGCUGGCGUUGUUAAAGACUGGAUGUUGAUAGCCCUUUCAACUGUCAUAUUUCCAGAGUCCACAAUAACAGGGUUGAAUAUAAUUGGUUAUGGGGUUGCAUUAUGUGGCAUUUUCAUGUACAAUUACCUAAAGGUUAAUGAAGUUCGAGUAUCUCAACAAUCUCCCGAAAGAAUGCCUGAAAGAAUCACUAAGGAUUUUGAUGAAGAAACGCCUCUACUUUCAACAUCGAGGUUAUCUCGCAUUGGACGUUCUUUGCAGCUCAUGCAUGAUUCAUGACAGUGUAAAGGCAGGCAGCCAACAGUGAUAAUUAUCUAAAAGAGAAACCCAGUCAUAGGAGGAAGCCAGCUCAUGUGCACCCUAAGGCCUUGUUUGUUUUUAUAACUAUUCUCGUCUCGUCUCAUCUCAUUAUUACAAUUUUUAUCUCAUUUCAUCUGGAAAAACAAACGAGAAACCAUUCGUUCUUUCGAGGCCAUAUAUUAUUUUCAUACAUUUCCAGUUUCAAAGCCGAUUCAUAUGUAUUUACUUAUUUGUAGCAUAAUGACAAAAUCAAAGUCUUAAAUUUGAAAAA